GAUUAUUUUCAUUUGAUUAAUAAAUAUUUUUCGUGAAAAUGGGUGAAAGUGUGAAACAAACGUGGUUAGAUUUCAUAGAUGCAUUCAGGAAAGCGAGGUUGUUAUGGGACCCCCAGGACCAGCACCGAACGUGCAAGGUUUUACGAACCGAAGCUUAUGAAAAGUUACUUGAAAAGUAUAAAAAUAUUGAUGAAAAUGCGGAUCUUAUGGAUAUGAAGAAUAGACUUGCAAAUAUGAGGACCACUUUUAACAGAGAAAGAAAAAAGGUCAUUGACAGCAUACAAAACGGGGAUACCAGAGUUCACCAACCUACAUUAUGGUACUUUGACAUUUUUAAUAGCUUCCUUGAUCCAGUUGAUACAUCUAACAGUUUUGAAUACACCACGCCAGUUACAAGGCUGUUGAAAAGUGAGACAGAACAAUUUAAAACAGAGAUACACCAUGAAUCUACAAAGGGAAAGGAAGACUCAAAAACACAGCCGGCACAAAAGAAGCAGCGAAUAUACAGUCUUCUUCAAAAACAGGAAAGUUUUGUAAAUGCAGCCAGCCAAAUGCUGCAACGGAAAGAACAAGCUUGGGAAAUCAACGGCAAAGCUAUCGGGUUACAACUCUACCAGCUCAACACGACACAGCGCACCAUAGCGCAGAAGCUGAUCUCCGACACCUUGUUCUUUGGGAGUUUGGGAAAGUUAACAGAAGAAUCAUUUAUUAGUUUGAAUAAUAAACUAGCCUCACCAGUGACGCAUGAGGAGAUUCAUUAUUUGGAACAGGAAUCAGAUGUGAAUGAUCAUAAUAGUAUCAAUGAUGAUGAGUAAAUGUGCUUUUUUUUAAC